UAACCAGUAACCACUUCAUCCCGUCUGGCAUGACAACAUGAAUUCGCCGUACGCUGCCGUGCAGUACUACCCCGACUUCCCCUUUCACCGACUCCGGGAGCCCUCGUCCCGAUUGUCCUGGAGAGACGGGCCCUUCCUCGGCGCCGCGUCCCACAGUCAGUCCACGCCGACGGCCGAGCUCUUGAGCCAGGACGUCUUCAACCAACUCUUCGACAUGUUGGACCAAUCCACCAUACAUUCAGUCUACAGCGAGGGUCCGACCCACGGCUCUGCAGGGAACACCAUCCAGAUCAGCAUGGACUGCAUCACCAUGCACCAGCCGGACCAGACGCUCGCUGGCGACAAUUUAACACAUCAGCUCGCAAACGCUCACGGACGGGUGGGGGUGUCGCCCGUGUUAGGAAUGUGGCAGAAGAAACGCUAUAUCCUACCCCAAACAGCUGAUGGGGCGCCCUGA